CCGCCUCCCACCAUGCAUGAUGAACGGAGCCUGCGCAGUAACGCGGUGGCCUGGCUGGCGUGCUCGGGGCUGUCGGUCCUCGCCAACGCCUGGGGGAUCCUCAGCGUGAGCGCCAAGCAGAAGAAAUGGAAGCCGCUGGAGUUCCUCAUCUGCACGCUGGCCGGCACGCACAUCCUCAACAUCGCCAUCCCCGUCACCAUGUACUCGGUCGUCCAGCUCCGCCGGCAGCACUCCGGCUACGAGUGGAACGAGGGGCUGUGUAAGGUCUUCGUCUCCACCUUCUACACCCUGACCCUGGUCACCUGCUUCUCGGUCACCUCCCUCUCCUACCACCGGAUGUGGAUGGUCCGCUGGCCCGUCAAUUACAGGUUGAGCAAUACAAAGAAGCAAGCCGUGCACACGGUCAUGGGGAUCUGGAUGGUUUCCUUCAUCCUCUCGACGCUGCCAGCGGUGGGCUGGCACGACACAGCCGAGCGCUUCUACGCCAGUGACUGCCGCUUCAUCGUGACGGAGAUCGGCCUGGGCUUCGGCGUCUGCUUCCUGCUCCUGAUCAGUGGGAGUGUGGUCAUGGGUGUGGUCUGCAUGGGGAUCGCCCUCUUCCAGACCUUCUCCAUCCAGACAGGGCACAACAUGGACAAGAACAAGUUCAACGUGCCCACCAUCGUGGUGGAGGACGCCCAGGGCAAGCGCCGCUCGUCCAUUGACGGGUCGGAACCCGUCAAGACCUCGCUUCAGAUCACCUACUUGAUCACCGGGAUCGUUUUCAUAUAUGACUUCCUGAUGGGAUUCCCCAUAUUGGUGGUGAGCUUUGCCAGCUUGAAGUCGGACGUGGCCUACGACUGGAUGGUGCUGUGCGUACUCUGGUGUUCGGUCAUCCAGUCCCUCCUCCUGCCUCUCUUCCUCUGGGCCUGCGACCGCUACCGGGCCGACCUCAAGUCCGUCUGGGAGAAGUGCGUGGCCAUCAUGUCCAACGACGACGGGGAAGAAGAAAGCGGUCUCGAAGGGGCCAUUCACGCAGAGUUGAUGUGCGAGAGGGCCUACGAUUACAGCUUCUCCGGGGAUGCUUUGACCUUGGACCACGUGAUCAAGUACGACCUGUCAGCCCUGGAGAGGGGCCUCCCGCAAGUCUACCCCAUGAAGCCUCCGCCAGAGGACAAAAUGCAGUAUCUCCAGGUCCCACCCACAAGGCGGUUUUCUCACGACGAAACAGACAUCUGGACGACCGGCCAGAUUUCAGCCUACCUCCAGCGGUGGGGUGCGGGUGAGGACGUGGCGUCCGGCCUGGCCCACCUGCUCAUACCACGGCCUAGCCACGACCGACGGAGGUGCAGCCUCGUCUCCUACCCAGAAGAAGGACGCCCCUACCGCAAGCGCAGGAAGUCCGCCGAGAGCGUGCCGGUCUUCCGGCCCUUCUCCUGUGAGGACUUCUACAAGGAGGGGGGCGGCUACAAGUGCUUCAGCAAGGAGGAGGUGGUCAGUUUCAUCGACGAGCCGACACCCGGCCCCAGGAACGCCCCCUUGCGCUCCGCUUCGGUCUCCCUCAUCCCGGAAACCUUCCAGCACUGCUCUGACGCAUCGGCCCUCGCCCGUUUCCCCUUGACCGAUUUUGAGCGGGAGCCCCAGGUGCUGCGCCGUUUCUCGGGGAGGGGCUGCUCGCUGAUGGUGCCGGGGCCGUUCCUGGCGCAGGAGGAUGCCAAGAGCCUCUUCCCCAAAGGGGGCGAUGGCACCCCAUGCUUCGAGCAGAUCCACAUUGAGCUGUGCGAGGCCCAGACUCCGGAGGACCGCCUGGUGUGCGGCAGCUGUUCGGAGCCCGAGGGCUUUCGGACAGGUCUCAGUCCCUCCUGGGGGGGCCCAGAGGACCUGCGGGGAAAUGGCAGCAAAGGGGGCAGCACGAGCAGCUUUUUGAGUUCGCCCUCCGCCUCCUCCGGCUACGUGACUUUCCACUCGGAUUCUAGCGGCUCGGCCUCCUAG